AUGGAAAAGAAAAUGAAUCUUCUUCGUCAAAUUUCAGAUGCCGAAACCAUGCUAAUCAUCGCCAUUGUCACUCUAGUUUUCUUGUAUUUCUUAUCAAGAUUCCGCCGUAAGAACCAUCCACCAGGGCCAAAAGGGUUGCCUUUCAUCGGCAAUAUGAUGAUAGCAAACCAGAUAUCUCAGAUUGGACUAGCAAAGCUAGCAAACCAAUAUGGUGGCAUCUUUCGUGUAAAACUGCCCUUUCUCAACACGGUAGUAGUCUCUAGCCCGGACCUUGCCCGACAAGUUCUUCAAGUUCAAGACAACAUCUUCUCAAACCGCCCAGCCACUAUUGCCAUAAGUUAUUUAACUUAUGAACGGGCUGAUAUGGCCUUCGCGCAGUAUGGCCCGAUGUGGCGUCAAAUGAGAAAACUUUGUGUCAUGAAGCUUUUCAGCAGUAAAAGGGCCGCGUCUUGGGACGCUGUCAGAGAUGAAGUCGAUGAUAUGAUCCGAGUUUUGGACUCAAGGGCUGGCUUACCCGUUAACCUUGGUAAAUUGUUUUUCAGGCUAUCUCGGAAAAUUAUUUAUCGGGCUGCCUUUGGAUCAAGAACUCCUGAACGUCAAGAUGAAUUCAUCCAGAUUUUGCAAGAGAUAUCUACCCUGUUGAAUGCUUUCAAUCUGGCUGAUUUCAUUCCUUGGCUCAAGUGGGCAGAUCUACAAGGCUUCAACAAGAGACUUAUCAGUUCUCGUGCUUCACUUGAUGCAUUCAUUGACUCCAUCACUGAGGAUCAUAUGGAGAAAAAGAAGAACGUCAAUGGUUCUUUUGAUCAGGUUGAAGGUGAUAUGGUGGAUGAGCUUCUAGCUUUUAUGGGUGACGAUGAGGGAAAAGUCACAGAAGCUGGUAAUUUACAAAAGUCACUCAGGCUUACGAAAAACAACGUUAAAGCCCUCAUCAUGGAUGCAAUGUUUGGAGGGACAGAGACCGUUGGAAGUGCAAUCGAAUGGAUAAUGACCGAACUAAUAAAGAAUCCGAAUGACCUCAAGAGGGUGCAAGAAGAGCUAGCCAAUGUUGUCGGCCUGCACCGGAAAGUCCAAGAAUCUGACAUGAACAAACUAACCUACUUCAAGUCCUGCUUCAAAGAAGUGCUUAGACUUCACCCUCCGAUCCCUCUCCUCCUUCAUGAGACUAUGGAGGAUUCCGAGGUCGCCGGCUACCACAUUCCUGCCAAAUCAAGGGUGAUGGUUAAUGUAUGGGCAAUUGGACGUAACAAGGACACAUGGGGGGAGGACGCAGACACAUUUAAGCCGUCUAGAUUUUUAAGCAAUGGUGCACCUGAUUAUAAGGGUAGUAACUUUGAGUUUAUACCCUUUGGAUCUGGCCGGAGGUCUUGCCCAGGCAUGCAACUCGGGCUGUUUGCUGUGGAGAUGGCUGUGGCUCAUCUUCUUCACUGUUUCCAGUGGGAGCUGCCUGAUGGGAUGAAGCCGAGUGAUGUUGAUACGAAUGAUGUGUUUGGACUCGCCGCUCCAAGAGCUAGUCGACUGGUGGCCGUGCCAACUCCACGCUUGCUUUGUCCACUAGUCUAA